AAACAUACAUUAAGUGUAUGCAUAUAUAUAUAUAUAUUUUUUUCUAAAAAGCAACUUUAUUAUUAUGAAUUUAUAUUUCUUAAAUAAAAAUUAUAUUUAAAUUUUGAUGUUAUGCUAUUUUUGUAUUUUUUAAAAAUAAUAUAAUUUUAUAUAAUAAUAAAAAUUAUUUCUUAUUUUUAUUAAGUAGAGUAUAAUUUAAUUGUAAAUGUAUAAAGUUUAACCUAAUAAAGAAUUUCAAAUUUAUCCUCUGAAAUUUGUCAUAUCAGUUAAAUUAUAAAUGUAUUUCAUUAUCGCAUAGCUCAUGUUACAGUUAUUAAUCGUUUAAAAAAUAAAAAUAUUGACAGAUUGUUUUAAUUUUUAUAUCUAUCAAUGUUAAUACAAUCAGAUAAUUAUAAAUAAUGGACGUGGGUGAAUCUCUGGAUCCAAAAGAAUUAAAAGUUACCCUUGAAACAUACAAAAAAUUGGCAAAUGAUUUUGCAAACCAUGAUACAAUUUUAAAGGAUAAAACGGUUUUGUCAUAUGUAGCAUACGUUUUAGAAGUACCAGAUUUUGAAAUUAUUAAUUUGAGUUUAGAUAUUUUGGAAUUAUUUGUUAAAAACGUGGAUAACUAUGUACAUAUAACCUCUACUUUUGGAGUUCGUGAAGCUUUGGAUGCAAUUAUAAAUAAGUAUAACAUAGAUGAGCCAAAGAUAUCUAAACGAGCACAAUGUAUAAAAGAUGAUAUAGAAAGAAUGAAACCACCAAUAUAUAAUUUACGUAGCAGAUGUAGAAGAGUUAUAGAACCUAAAAAACUAAAAACUCAUGUAAUAGUAUUACACAUUCAAGGUUUAUUACCGGAAACUCGUGCAGAAUUAGAAGGAAUAUUAAUAAGAAUCAAUGGAUUAGUUUCUCUUGUAGUUGAUGUAGAACAUCAACGUGUUACAAUGCGUACUUUAAGUUAUGUUACUGCAAAACAAAUUGCAGAAGCUAUACAAAGAAAUUCAGAGAAUAUGGAAGCAAGAUUAGUAACAAGAAAUAAAUACAAUCAAGAGUAUCUUGUUAAAUUGAUUCAUACAGGAAAUAAUGAUGAUACUGAAGAUAUGCCAGAUUAUUUACCUGAAGAAGAUGAGCAAGAAAAUGAAAAAGAAGGAGUUGUAUCAUUACUUACUGGAUUAAGACAAAGUGCAUCAUCAUUGUACAAAUCCACUGCUGAAUUUCUGCACAAUUCAUUUUAUUGGUAAAUUUAUAAGCUCUAGUACAAUAAAUAUUAUUUUUUAUUCUAUUAUCAAUGAACAAUUUAAUAAAACUAAAAAGUAUUUGAAACUAUAACUUUAUGCAAAAAUGUUUCUACUAAAUUUAUAAUAAAUAACUUUAAUCAUUGAUCUGAUAAUUUGAUAUUUUUUAACUUUUAUUUAUUUUAUUAUUAUGUCAAGUUUAUCUUUCAUUAUAUUCAGUAUUGUAUUCAAAUAUUUGUUAUAUUUAUUAAAAUAGAUUAAAUAUACAUUAAAAGCAUAAAUAAA